CUGCUGUGGCGCUGCUGCUGGACUGGUGCGUGCCUUCGGGGGCGCCAGCGCCCGCGGCGGGUCAGCGCCGGCGGGACCCCCGGCCCGCCCCUGGGGCAGAGGCCGCCAACCUGCUGUGGGUGGUGCAGGUGUCAGAUAUUCACAUCAGUAGAUUUCGGGAUCCCAAACGAGCUCCUGACUUUGAAAAAUUCUGUUCCGAAACAAUUGAUAUAAUUCAACCAGCACUUGUUCUAGCAACAGGUGACCUGACAGAUGCAAAGACAAGAGAUAAACUGGGAUCUGAGCAGGUAGAAGCAGAAUGGAAAACUUACCACUCAAUCCUGAAGAGAUCAAGGGUCAUGGAAAAAACCAAGUGGAUAGACAUCAAAGGGAAUCAUGAUUCAUUCAACAUUCCACACCUAAAUAGCAUUCGGAAUUAUUACAGGAAAUACUCUGCCUGGCAUAAAGAUGGCUCAUUCCAUUACAUCCACACCACCCCUUUUGGGAACUAUUCAUUCAUCUGUGUGGAUGCCACACUAAGCCCAGGCCCUAAGAGACCCUAUAAUUUCUUCGGGAUUUUGAACACGAAUCAAAUGAAAGAACUGUCUUUAAUGGCAACACAAAGUCUGCGCAGCAAUCAUACAGUCUGGUUUGGCCAUUUUCCCACCUCAACAAUCAUCUCCCCAGCCCCAGGAAUACGAGCAUUGAUGAGUUCUGCCACAGCCUAUUUAUGUGGACAUCUCCAUACACUGGGUGGGCUCAUGCCAGUCUUGCAUAGUCAGCACCGUGGCGGCACUCUGGAACUUGAAUUGGGAGACUGGAUGGAUAAUAGGAGGUACCGGAUCCUUGCAUUUGAUCAUGACCUCCUGAGCUUUGCAGAUCUUACCUUUGAAGAAUGGCCUGUAGUGCUCAUCACCAAUCCCAAAUCCUUCCUUUACAGCAGUGCUGCUCAUGAACCACUAGACAAAAUUCUUUAUUCCACUCAUAUCAGAAUUCUGGCCUUCUCUCCUUCUAUCAUUACCUCAAUCGAAGUUUAUAUAGAUGGAGUUUACCUGGGGAAUGCACAUCAGGUAUCUGGGCCUCUCUAUGUACUGAAGUGGAGCCCGCAGAACUACAGUGAAGGUUUCCAUCACAUAGAUGUGACUGUCCAGGAUGCUUCAGGUAGAAUUAGUACACGGAGUCAUAUAUUUGCUAUGGAAGAAACCCUCUCUCUUAGAUUUGACUUUUGGCCAUCUGUUAUUCUUCUCACUGACCACUAUGUUCUAGCUCGUGUGCUCUUUGGACUGAUUGUGCUGAUUCAGAUCACCUUGCUCGUUAUUUUCAGAUGUCUCCAAAAGCCAGCACUCAAAGAAAAGCCAGGAUUACUUACUCUGACCUCGUAUUCCCUCCAUGUCUUCAGUAAAAUAAACACCCUCUAUUACUCAAUUCUGGUUCUGAAUUUAUACACCAUUCUGGGACCAUGGUUUGUAGGUGAACUGAUAGAUGGCCACAUGGGGGCCUGCUUUUCCUUUGGGGUCUUUGUUGGUGGUUCCUUCUUACAGGGCAGUCUGACAUUCGUGGUUGGGAUUUUACAGAUGUUGUUUUUCAACCUGCCAUUGAUGGCCUAUCUGUGCUGGUGCUUGUUGCUGCGAUGCCAGGGUCACAGUUUCUGUUCUCACAUCCGUCAGGCCCGACACAUCAUGGCUGUGCUUGUUCACCUGGCAAUGACACUCCUCCUGGCCUGGCAGGUCUAUUCCUGCUAUUUCCUGCAGCGAACCUAUGGGAUGUUGGCAUUCUUCCUCUCUCCGAUGAGAACAUGGCUGGUGGUGCUGACCUCAGCUCUGAUUUAUAAGACCUGGACACUGAAAUCAUCUGAGCUCAGAACUUACAUAGCAGAAAUGAAAAACUGUCAGAGCUCCUGAAGUACAAUAGAAGUACUUAAAGUUCUUUGACUUAAAAACUGCCAAAGGCACAGCCUAAAGUUUUGUGAUGCUGGAAUUCCAUACAGCCCAACCAUUAGGUGCUAAGAUGUGAAGCUGCACCUGCACUGCUACAGAGCUGUAUUAAAUAGUAAAUGUAUAACAAUAUGUAAUAUAUACUUUUAUUGUAUUAUACAAUAUGCUGUAUAAUACAUGUUAUAUAAUACAGUUAUACACUAUACAUUAAUACAGUAUACAGUAAACUGUAGAAUAAUCUCUUUCAUAGGGGGUUUCGUGAUACAGAGAUAGAUAUGUCCAUAUGGAUCACAAAUGGAAAUUUACUACUGUGAGUGGAAAAAUAUUUUUAAUUCAUUAAAUUCUUGAUUUUUAUAGUGCUGGGGGAAAUUGAGAAUAGAUCUUGAGAAUGAGCCCUAGAGUUUGCACUUAACUUUGCUUUUUAUUUCAGGAUUUACGUUUAUUUUUACAAGACUAGACCAGAGGUCUUUAUGAAGUUAUGGUUAUUACAAAGGUGCUGCAGUGGCCUUCACAGUAGAAGUUCUUUGCUUACACACUUUGCCAGUUCAUGAUGCUGUAUAAGAGCAGUUUACAGGCUGGUAGGUGUGUUUAUGUGCAUUUAUGUUUAGCUGAGCCAUGGCCUAUUGCUCUUGUUCUGGAAGGGCUGCUGAAUUAACAUGUUUUCUCUCUGGGAGGAAGGAGUUAUGUCUUCCACUGCUGAAGCUGCCAAUUAUCCUACAUUGAUCAGUGAAAGGAGGGCAAAUGAUCAGUGUUGCUGGGAUUCCCAGCUGCAGUCAGAGUUCAGCUUUAAAGCAAAGAAUGGGGACAAUAUCUUCAUGAUGGGAGAGCCUGGAGGAAUCGUGUGGACUGAUGCCUAUUGUGUCUGUAACAUUGGGGCUCUGUUUCUGGGUGUCAGUCAAAUGUGCCAAAGAGUGACCUGGCAAAACUCGUUUCUUGGUUUUCACUUUUUCUAAGUCUAAAAACGAUGGAACAGUUACACUGAUGAAGAAUGUGAUGAUGCAGAGCUGAGAGCUGAGUUGCCUUUAUCUGUGAAGUCAGGAGAAUGCUGGCCUGCUUCAUAAAGCUGCUGUAAGUGAACAUUUAAAAUACCCUCAGUAACUUUACAGUAACUAAUUUAUGGCUCCUCAAGAGAAAGGAGGAGCAAUUUAUUUAUAGCACCUUAGAAAAAAACAGCAAUGACUGUGAUGCGAGGAUAGACUCCACAACUCCUUAAGGUUGUAAAGUAGGUAUGCUUCUAUUCAGUGCUGAGGUGCAUGCGAAUAGCUCCUCCAAAGUAUGCACACCUCAGGGUUGUUCUCCCUUUACAUUUAUUCUCUUAAGGUAUACAUAGAUAUUAGGUUAC